CUUUCUCGUGCAUGAACAACAACAAGAAGCAAUGCAAGAGAAACAAAAUUCACAAUUACACUAACGCCGUCAAUCAAAAUUUCACUAAACCUUCUCGAACCUUCCCAGACUUCUCCAAUUGAAUUUUGGAGUAUAAGUUACUCUGAUCGACGUAUAAAUCUUCAAAAUUAGGGUUUCAACACAGAGCAACCACGCGGCCGAACUGAUGGCGGAGCAACCACUUCCGAUCGAGAAUCCAGCAACUCCAGUUGUCGACGAAGACGACGACGGCGACGAGGACUACACCGGUGGUGAUGAAACUAUGGAUGAAUUGGAAGAGGAAACACCAAAUGUUAAUCCAGUGAACGUUUCAGCUGGUGCGAAUCACGCCGACGUCGUUUUGCCUCCGACGCGUAUUGGUGAACUCACUCUUUCUUUUGAAGGUCAGGUUUACGUCUUCCCCGAUGUCACACCUCAGAAGGUUCAAGCUGUUUUGCUGCUUUUGGGAGGACGAGAUGCACCAGCAGGCAUCCCUAAAGUUGAACAACGAUUUGAUCAAAGUAUCAAGAGCAUGGGCGAUAUUGCAAGGCAUCCAAAUCUUUCACAAAGAAUAGCCUCCUUGGUCCGGUAUCGCGAAAAACGCAAGGAUAGAUGUUUUGAAAAGAAAAUUAGAUACACCGUGAGAAAAGAAGUGGCAGAAAGGAUGCAUCGGGAGAAGGGGCAUUUUGCAUCCUUGAAGCAAAGUCCUGGUUCCUCUGGUUCGUGUGCUGGUCAAGAUGGCACUCCAAAUCCUGAACCUUUACGUAAAUGUACACAUUGUGGAGUCAGCGAAAAACAUACUCCUGCAAUGCGUCGUGGGCCAGCUGGACCAAGAACUUUAUGUAAUGCAUGUGGCCUCAUGUGGGCCAACAAGGGGACACUCAGAGAUCUCAGGAAGGGGGGAAGAAAUCUUUCUGUUGAGCAAAGUGGUCUGGACCCUUCUAUUGAUGUCAAGCCUACUGUUCUUGAAGGGGAAUUGUCAGUCAUGGGAAAUGAACAAGUAAAUCUCUUUCACAUAUUGCAAAUUCAUUCUAAUAUCUGUAAUUGUUCUAUUUGCAUAAAACUUUUAUUGUAUGUUCAGGGUAUUUCUGAAAAUCCUUCCAAGGCCAUUGCUGCUGAAGGUUCAAAUAAUCAUGCAUUAAAUCCAAGUGAUGAGGAAUUGCCUGAAUCUGCAGAACACCUUACAAACACACUGCCAUUGGUAAUUGACCAUUCUUCGGAAAAUGAUGAACAGGAACCCCUGGUUGAGCUUUCGAAUCCUUCAGAUACAGGAACAUCUAAUCCUUCAGAUACAGAUAUUGACAUUCCCGGAAACUCUGAUUAAAAGGUACAAGGUGAUUCAUAAUGUGGGUGUCUUUAGACAAUGAUCUAUUUGUAGGAUAUUCUCCAUGUAGAUAUGGGAUGCAGCCUUAGAAGCAAUGAUAUGAGACAAUUUGGAAAAUUGGGUUAUGACUGUAUGUAACAGCCAAAUGAAAUGGUAAUCCUACCAAGGGUGGAGAAGCUCUGCUCUUCCUCCAGCCUAACCAUUAAUUAUUCUGAAAUAUAGAUACUGGUAGAAGCAUAAAAAAUUGUUUGUAUAUAUAUUAUUUGAUGAUCUUCCUUGAGUGUUUGGGCUCCUGUUAAUGAAAUGAAAUAAUAAAAUGAUGUCUGAUUGCCCAACUGUGAUAA